CCAACGCAAUGAAUUUGAACCUUUAAGAAAAGUGAAGUGAAAAUGUUUCGUAAAAGUGUAUUUGCUCUCGCUCUUGUGUUAUUUGCAUCAGCUGAAGUGGCUAUAGAUGAACCCAAACUACAUCAUGAUGAAGUUAUUGAAGUGAAAAACUUUUCCAGUACGGUAAGAACAGGACGUGCUCUACACAAAGAAUGCAACGGGAGUCUGAACGCUAAGUGCCUCAAAAUACACGUUUUAUCCUUUCUAGAGGAUUUGGGCUCUCGCGAUGAGCUAAAUCUUCUCCCUGGAUUAAGCAUUGUCAAAGAAGAUAAAGCCAACAGCAGCUCUGCGGAAGAAAUGGCAGCUGAAAUAUCACGACAAUUUCCUGGAAAACCUGAGGAAAAGUUGAACAGAUUCAUUUUAUACAGAUUACAAAGUUAUUUAGAUAACCAUUCGUUAAGGUACAGGUUAUUGGAUCCAAAGACUACAAAGGAUGCAUUAAAUAUGGUUAAUACAGAGGGUACCGGGAGGGGUAAGGGCGGUGGAGGAUUGGGGGGAGGAAAGGGAGGGGGUGGAGCACUCUUAGCGGCAGCUUUGAUGAUGAAAGGUACCCUUGCCGCGGCUGCUCUCGGCGCCCUGGCUUUACUUGCCGGCAAAGCCUUAAUGACAGCUCUUAUGUCUCUCCUCCUAUCAGCUCUUGUAGGUCUUAAGGGUGGAGGCGGUGGUAAAUCUACUACAUAUGAGAUCAUCACUAAACCGGAAGUAUCCCAUCAUCAUUCCCACAGCCAUGAAGAACACCACGAAAAUGAACAUGGCCAUCAUGGUGGCUACAAACGAGCUUAUGACAUGAAUUAUAAUAGCUAUAUGCCAUAUGAUGGUGCAACGAGCUAAAGGUAUCAGACCUUUUAUCAAAUUAUUGUAAGUUGUAUGCCUUAAUACGCGCCUGCUUCUUUAUAUACAUUCAAUAGUAAGAACAAAUUGCGUAUACUUUUUGCUAUGAAUAACUGAUUCACACAUACCCACAAAUCUUUUAUAUUUGUUCUACGGUUUAACCUAAUAAAAUCAAACAUGUUAUCUCACAGAGUAAUAAACUUUAGUACAAAAAAUGUUGCGUAAAAUUAAAUAAAUG